AUGAUGUACACUUUGAUGUCGCUAAUCAUGCGCGUCGUGGCCGUCGCGCCGGGGAUUCUGGAGCCGCCAACAGUGGCUCCGAAGCAGACCAUCCACCUCGCAGCGGACGCCGACAGACACACCGACGAACAGAGGUUUUUUCAUUUCGCAGUCUUUCAAUUCUUUUUAUUGCUUCUUCUUUUCCAAAUCUAACGGUGGAAUAGAUCUGCAAUCAAAAAUGAUUAUAUGGUUUUUUUGAAUUUUGGCUUUACUAGAUUCUUGGAAAAGCUCCGGGUUGAUAAAACGAGCAAAAAAUAUUGCUUUUUCUUAUGUUGAAUCGCGUCAUAGGUUACUCUACCAUCUCAUGAAAAACUACGAGAAAGCGGUGCGGCCGGUGAGAAAUGCGUCAGACACGGUGACCGUCAAACUUGGCAUGACGUUGACCAACCUCUUCGACAUGGACGAACGCAACCAGGUGCUCACCAUCAACGUCUGGCUCGACCAAGUUGCUCGAAUUCUUCCGCAGUGUCCUCAAUGCACUUUGUAGGAAUGGAACGACGAGCUUCUCCGGUGGAAGCCGGAAGAAUUCGGCGGCAUCGAAACCAUUCGAAUACCGUGCGAUCUCAUCUGGCUUCCUGACAUUGUUCUGUAUAACAAGUUCGUCUUCAGUAAAUAUAAUGGGAAAGAGAUCAAUCACGGUUGAACGGAACUGUGUCUUUCCUGAAGUUCCUAGUCAAAAAAGUGUGUAGAAAGGGAUUUUGGGUCCGCAAAAAUUCGUGAAAGUGAACUGUGCAUACACAAAUCUUGGGGGCUCGAAUCUUUGAAAAUUUGAACCUAGGAAAUUGAUUCUUGUGAAUAUUCACCUCUUUUUUGAUUAUUUAUAACUUUACUAAAUUUUUUGUGAACAGAAGGAAUAAAAAUAAGAUAGACGUCCUUUGAUGACGUGUAUUUGAGAAAGGCGCAUCAUACGAUUAUCCAAGAAUCGUUUCCCAACAAUCCAUUUUUCAAAAAUUCGCGCCCCUGAGGUUGGUGUAUACACAACUCACGCUCACGAAUAUUUGCGGAAUUUUCCAAUUCUUUGUUUUUUUUUUUAAAUAUUCACUCAUCGACUUGGGAUUUUCAUUUAUUUCGCAGAUGGAGUAUAUUCACCUCUUUUUGUUAAAAGUUAAAAUUAUCACUUCGGUAUAUCACAGCAGCGUGUGACAAAGAGAAAGAAGAAGGUUGCAGUGCGGAUGACUACACGGCCGGCUACAUGCGAUCCCGAGCCAUGGUCCUCUUCACGGGAACGGUCUUCUGGCCACCGCCGACGCAGCUUCGCAGUACCUGCAAGGUCGACGUUUCGCUCUUUCCAUUCGACGAACAAAAGUGCUCCCUCAAGUUCGGCUCUUGGACCUACCACGGAUACCAGGUUUCUCACUUUGUUUCGAAUCUUUGUCUUUAAUCAGACGGAUUUGGGUUGGGUAGAAGAAAAAAUGUCUCAUUAUUUUCGCUAUGGUAAAAAUCACGACCUUAGGCAAAGUCACACCGGGAGCUUUUCUAAUAUAGCCGAUUGAAGGUCUCCACAAACCAGAAACUGUCUUUUUUCUUAUAGUGGCAGGACUCUUUUUUCGGUGGCUCAAGUCAGUCGUGAAUCAGCUAUAAACGCUAAACUUUGGCGGAAACUGACUUCUGUUCGGAUGUGGCAAGUCAGAAAAGUCACUUGUUAUAAGAUUAUCUUUAUUUGAAGAGCGUGCGAUCACUGAUUACAAAAAAGGCUAUCUGAUUGAAAGUAUUUUGAUUGACGAUGAAAGGUACCCUGAAAAUCGUCAAACAAAAAUAUUAUCCAAACUGUAUUAUUGAAAAAAAUAAAAAGGGUUUUUUUUUCAAUUUAGGAACUCACUUUUUCAAAAGGGAAUAUGAAUUCUAUUUUUUUAAAUUUCUUCGCUGAUAGGUGGACAUCACAAACCGGAGCACCAACAUCGACUUGACCAACUACGUGCCCUCUGGAGAGUUCGACCUGAUCAAAGUGAGUUGCUCCCUGUGACCGAGAAGUGAGGUUCUCUCAGGUCUACCAAAAGCGAAGGGUCGUCAAGUACACAUGCUGUCCGGAGCCCUAUCCCGACAUCACGUUCUUUAUCUACAUCCGUCGCAAGACCUUGUACUAUCUCUACAAUAUCGUCUUCCCCUGCCUCAUGAUGUCCGUUUUGACACUUCUAGGUUUUUCCGUGCCAUAAGAACCUUUGAAGACCAUUCUUGCAGUUUUUGUUCUGCCGCCUGACUCCGGCGAGAAGAUCGCGCUUGGAAUCACCGUCUUGCUCGCCUUUUCCGUGAGGAUAUUUUUCAACUUUCUCUUCGAUCUUCACCUUCAAAUGGAUAGUUUCUGAAAUUUUUUUAGGAUAAAAAGAAGCAACUUUUUGAACUGGGAGAGAGAAGGAGAAGUUUUUAAACAUUUUCUUACUUGUCACGUUUUGGAACUAACGUCUCUCAGGCUGUAUAACUUGAACGCGCAAGCGGUUCGUAAAAUUUUGAAUUAUCAAAAAAAUCAAUCUUUAUUUUGAUGAUGUCAAUGAGAAUCUGAGGCGGUGAAAACGAAACUCUUUUAUUUCUUAGAGGAAGACGUUUUUUCUUGUUUUAUGGUUAAUUUUCCUUCUGAACUGCGUUAACCGAUUAUUUCUACAACGCAAGCUUUGAAAUACCAGGAUAUGCAAUUAAAAAAACAGAUUAAAACUUGAUAGUUAAGGUUUUUGUGCUGGCGAUCGUCGAGAAAAUGCCAGAGACGUCGGAUUCGAUGCCGCUGAUAGGUUUUGGCUCAAAUUGAAAAAUGAAAGAAGGAGAAUCGCAGGAAUCUAUCUGACCGUUGUGAUGGGCAUGUCCUCCGUGUCGGUGGUGAUGACGGUCGUCGUGCUCAAUUUCCACCACCGCGGACCUUUCAACGACCCCGUUCCCUACUGGGUCCGCUUUCUCGUCCUCGACCACCUCAGUCGCUUCCUUCGAAUGAAACUUCCACGAGCUGGUUGGUUCUUUUUUACGGUUCAUCUUUUUCAAUAAACCACAAAAAUAGAUUUCCAUUGAGUCUUUUCCGAAUAUCAACGUCAAAUUUUUCAAUAAACAUAAAAAAAUGGGGCCAAAUCUGGCUUCAAGACCCCUUUUGUUGCCUUUUUGCAAUUUUAAAGAGAAAAAGUGAAAAAAAGUUGUAAGUACGGUACUUUUUCCUGAAAAUGAAGGUUUCCGAAAAAGGCUGGCACGGAAUCCGCUACAUUCAUUUUUGAUCAUAGAACUGCGAGGGAUUAUUCUCUGCCUGCGUCUUUUAUUCGGCCUGAAUUUUCUUUUUAUUAAAGACGCAGGCAGAGAUAAAUGUCGCGCGCAUCGAAGGGAAUUGUUCAGUAGCUCAGAGGAUAACGAAAGCUGGUGCGGAAUGGGCUUUACUAUGAAAAAACGCCAUAUUUUUUUUUUUCAAUGAGCGUGAACAUUUGAGGCGAGCCAUCAAAGGUUUCCAAGGCUCCGAACGGACUGAUGCGCAAGAUGUCGGUGCGCAACGCGAUGACCGAGAUGCGUAACGAGGUUCUCACCAACUUUUCCGUCGAAGAUCAGGGACUUCUUGACGUGAGAGUUUUCUUUUAGACUAUUCUCCAAUUUUAUUCAUGUUUGGAAAAAUUUUGGAAAGCAAUUUUCGUUCACAAGAGUAUUGCUAUAGCUUAUUCACGGCUGGCUUGAGCCAUCGAAAAAAGGGUCCCGACACGAUAAUGCACGACAUAGCGCCUGGCUCGCGGAGAGCGCAGACAGGACACACCCCCUUAGUGUCCCAAGCUGGCCGUGAAUCUGCUAUAGAAGCGAAUUGUAAAAUUUCAAGUCUGAAAAGUGAAUAUUUUGCCAUUUUAUUCUGCUUUCUUCCAUUUUUUCUCAUUUUUUUAGUCAAUAUUUUAUGCUCCAACGUUUUGGUAGUGUCGAGGAGAAGCUUUCAUCAGGCAGAAACAAAAAAAAAAGGAGAAAAGUGGUACGGGUUGUGCUGGAAAUAAAAGAAGAAGGGUGAAUAAAGAGGAACUUCGAUUCCUGUAGUUACUAGCCUAAUAAGUCGUGUAUCACACUCUGAUUUGUCACAUUUUUCAUGGGAACGCUCUCGAUCUUUCAUGCUAUUUUAAUGAUUAUAUGACUUCUUUGGUGAAGUGGAAUCUUACGUCGGCCGGAUCCCGCCCCGGGGUGCGGCCUACCCCCCUCAAACUGCGGUCUGUGGGAUCCAGCCGAUGUAUGAGUAAAGUACGAUGUACUUAUAGACUAUAUUUCGUCAUUUCAUGCAAGCAUUUCUCAAAAUUGUUUCAUAAGACAGACUUUGGUGGACCUCAGGAUACCCGAAGAGAGUCGGUACGGCUGGAGGCCCCGACGACGGCCGAGCAGCGACAGGCGGUGCAGCGGAGACGCAGAACCAGUACCGAGUUGCUUCAGGCGAGACUUGUCAGGACGCUGCAGGUACUCGUCGCCAGGCAGCAGUCCGAGGACGCCAGCGAACGGAUGGCCAACGAGUGGAGACUCGUCGCACAGGUUCUCUUUCUUCUUGUCUUCACUAAACUUUUGGAUUCUGAACGCAACUUCUUUUAUCAUUUAUUCGGGUUUCAGGUGAUAGAUCGGCUUCUCUUCUGGAUUUUCCUCACCGCCAACCUCAUCAUAACUUCUACUUUGCUAGUUUUUAUACCAGCCUUUCAUGAUCCUUUUGCUAACGAAACCAUGGAGUAA